GACAACCGCUACCCGCUGGCCUUUGGCAGCGGAGUGCCCGGAGAUUUUGCCACCGUGCAGCGCAAGGAGUUCGAUGAUGACAAAGCCUCGGGUAAGCUGGACAUCGCCCUGGGCAAGGUGCCAAUCUUGCAUGUUGGCGACUUCUCACUGCCCCAGAGCAAAGCCAUCGAGCGAUAUGUGGCCCGAAAAGUUGGGAUGAUGGGCGACAACGAAGAAGAGGAGGCACUGGUAGAUGCGAUGGCAGAGCACGUCCGCGACAUCAACGAUGCCUACAACAGGAAGGGUCUCUUCUUCAUGAAAGAUGAGGAGAAGAAAGCAGAGCUGCAGAAGAAGUGGAACGAGGAGGAGCUGCCUGAAUGGCUUUCGAAGUUGGAGAAGGCCCUUCCCGGCAGCGACGGCUUUGCCGUGGGCAACAAGGCCUCUCUUGCCGACGUGGCCAUCUUCAAGCUGUUGAAGGACACGUUUCCCAACGACGUCUCCGCUGCCUACGACUCCUGCCCAAAGGUGAAGGCAAUCGUCAGCGGCGUUGAGAAGAAUGAGGGCAUCAAGAAGUGGCUGGCAGAAAGGCCAGACACCUGGGUUUGA